AUGGCUGAUAAACAAACUACACAAGCCGAAAUUUACCACUUUUUGUGUGAAUAUUAUAAUUACAUUUUGUCUUUCAAACUUGUUUUAAAAGAUGAACCCAAUGAUUUAGAGACUCUUAAUUUAUUAAAAGAUGCUGAAGUAAUAUUAGAUUUUUGGACUAAAACAGACCCGUCAAAUAUUGUUAAUGCUUGUGGAUAUAUAAAAUCAAGUAAUUCGUAUGGGAAAAUACUUGGUAUUACGCAAUAUGAUUCAGAAAAUAAAAAAAUAGAGUCAGUAGACGUAGAAAUAUUUCAAGAGAUUGAUGACGAAAAUCGUGUUGCUAAUAUAAAAUUUUCUGACAUUAAAUUAAGAAAAACUAUUGACGAAACGCUGUUAAAGAAAACAAACAAAUUAGAAUGUUUAUUUGAGGAAGAUGGAAUGUGGUAUCUAUGUGAGAUUAUUGAUGUCAACAAGGAUCUUGUAAAGAUUAAUUACAUUGAUUAUAACACGGUAGAAGAAGUUCGCAGAGACAGACUUCGAAUAGUGACUAAAACAUCAGAAAAUAAUAUGGAUGAAUCCGAAGAGAAAAUUAUGACUCACAAUGGAUAUAUAAUUCCAAAAUCUGUUAUUGUCAGACCAGGAGAUAGCGCUGAAGUUAAAGAACAAAAACGUAAUAAAUUAUCUAAAAUUAAAUAUGAGCAGAAAAAAAUGAAAAGAAACGAAGAAAUCCAAUCUCGCGUUCAAUCAUGGAAAGAACAUAAGAAAAAUAUAAAAAAAAAUACAAAUAAUAAUAAAAAGUAUUCGUUGGAUGAAAUCAAGCUUAGUUUUAUAAUGAUAUGA